UCCUGGCAUACUUUCAUUCCUUCUGCAAGAGAGGAAGCGGUGUUCCUGAACAGGGGGAAAAAACCAAAGGCUACAGUGAGCCAGUAAUUCCAGGGUGUCCUGUCACCAUGUGGCUUUGGCCACUGCUUCCUGUGUUCCUGGCUGUGGGGGGCAUAUUGGGCUUCUGGGCUGUAUUUGCCAUGGCAGUUACAAAUGGCUCCGUCAACAUCACAGAAGCAUUUCCAUAUAUCAGCACGUGUGGUGCUUUUCCACCCCAGAGUUGUGUGUUUGGACAAAUUCUUAAUCUAGGAGCCUUUUUAGGUGUGGUGAUCUGCUUUCUAAAGUACCAACAAGUCCGAGAUUAUGGCUGUCACUCCCCUCUGAAUCUAGCUGGACUUCUUUUAGGUAUUCUUUGUGCCCUCGGUGCAACAUUAGUGGGCAACUUCCAGCAAUAUAACCAACUGGAAGUCCAUUUGACAGGCGCCUUCUUGGCUUUUGUAGUUGGCAUCCUUUAUUUCUGGGUCCAGACCUUUCUGACCAACCAAGUGAAACCAAGACAUGGAGGGAGAUGGAUUGGACCACUCCGGUUCUUUCUCAGCUCUUGUGGUUCUGCCUUGAUUAUUUCUACGGUUGCUCUUUUUUUCAUGCAACUGGAUUCUGAGGCUGCCUACUGCGAAUGGGCCCUGGCCAUGGACCUCUUCCUGCUCUUUGGCCUCUUUGUGGUGGAUUUCCGGCACAUGGGGGGCUGCUCGGUCCAUGUACACCACCGGUUUGCAGAUGAGAACUCUCAGCAUGUUCAGACAUCAGUACAGACUCUUUCGCUCUGAUUCUUCUGUAACAGAAGGUGUGUC